AUGGCCGGGCAGGACCCCCCCCCAGCCCCCAAACCCCCCCUUGCUUUUUGGGGGAGACGCAUCUGCUUUUUAGGGAUUUUACUGCUGGUCCCCGGCCGGGGGGGAGCUUCGGGAAGCAGAGGUCCCCCAUCCCAUGGAGAGAAGGUGACCCCACAGUGGCUCCUCAGGGGCCGUCCCAGAAGAGCUGUCAGCCUGGAGGAGAAGGUGCCAGCACCUGCCCAGGCAAAGGUGGCCGUGAUGGCUGAGGGCAGGGAGCUCAUCCUGGUGCUGGAGAAGAACCAGCUACUGGCACCGGGCUACACCGAGACUCAUUACAGCACCCAUGGACACCCCAUCACCCUCACCCCCAACCACACGGACCACUGCUACUACCACGGGCACGUCCAGGGCUAUGGUGGCUCCUGGGUUGUCCUCAGCACCUGCUCAGGAAUACGGGGCCUGAUAGUGCUGAGCACCAACACCAGCUACUACCUGAACCCCCUGGAGACCCCCGAGCUGGGCCACCACCACCUCAUCCACCGAGCUGAGCACUUGCCCAUCCGGGCUGGGACCUGUGGCCACGGUGAUGGGCUGGGGACCACCAUUGCUGCCAUCACUCAGCUCUUCAGGCCACUGCCCCACCGGAAGAAAAGAGAUGCCUGGAGGACAAUGAAGUACAUGGAGCUUUUCAUCGUUGCUGAUCACACCUUGUACAGGAACCAGAACCUCGACCUGGGCCACACCAAGCAGCGCAUCGUGGAGAUCGCCAACUACGUGGACAAGUUUUACAGGUCCCUGAAUAUCAAGGUGGCCCUGAUUGGCCUGGAGGUGUGGACAAAGAGGGACCAGUGUGCUGUCACCAGUGAUGCCAAUGCCACCCUCUGGUCCUUCCUGCAGUGGAAGAAGGGGCUGAGGUCCCGCAGGAAGCACGACAAUGCCCAGCUGCUGACAGGAAGAACCUUCAGGGGGACAACCAUUGGCAUGGCCCCGCUGGAGGGAUGUGCAGUUUGGAUAACUCCGGGGUGUCAGCGUGACCACUCGGAGGAGCCCCUUGGAGCAGCAGCCUACCAUGGCCCGACGAGAUCGGGCCACAACUUUGGGACUGAAGCCAUGAAUCCAAGAGAUCUGUGUGGGAGUGCCACCCCGGAGCAGGAGUGUUGUGUCAUGGCAGCAGCCAACCUGGCUCUGACUGUGGUUUCCCACCUUCUCCUGGUCCUGGUUGUCCUGGUUCCACCCCUCCCCAUCUGUCCCCCUGAGCAGACACCCUUCCCUCGCGUCUUCAGCUCCUGCAGCAAGAGGGCAACUGGAAGGAAUUACUUCCAGAAGGGAGGUGGGAUGUGUCUCUUCAACCUGCCGGACACCAAGGACCUGGUGGUGGGAAGGAAAUGUGGCAAUGGCUUUCUGGAGGAAGGAGAAGACUGUGACUGUGGGGAGGUGGAGGAGUGCACCAACCCCUGCUGCAAUGCACACAACUGCACCUUGAAGCUGGGGGCCCAAUGUGCCCAUGGUGACUGCUGCCAGAACUGCAAGCUGAAGGUGGCAGGGACGAUGUGCAGGGAAGCAGCAGGAUCCUGUGACCUCCCUGAAUACUGCACGGGGACCUCACCUUACUGCCCAGCCAAUGUCUACCUGCUGGAUGGCUCCUCCUGUGCCUAUGGAGAGGCUUACUGCAAGGAUGGCAUGUGCAUGACCCAUCAGCAGCAGUGUGUCCAGCUCUGGGGACCAGGUGCCUGGCCAGCCCCAGAUGCCUGUUUCCAGGAUGUGAACAUGGCUGGCAACACCUAUGGCAACUGUGGCAAGGACAGCCAAGGGCGCUACGUGAAAUGUGACAAGAGGGAUGCCCUGUGUGGGAAGAUCCAGUGCCAGAGCUCAGCCAAGAAGCCCCAAGGGACCAACACGGUCUCCAUCGACACCACCAUCCGCUUCAACGGGCGGGAGGUGAAGUGCAGGGGCACCUACAUGUACACGGCCAAGGAUGAUGAGGAUGACCUCUCUGACCCCGGGCUGGUGAUGACAGGCACCAAAUGUGGAGAUGGGAUGGUCUGCAAGGAUCGUCGGUGCCAGAAUGCCUCCCUUUUUGAGCUGGAAAAAUGUGUGUCCCAGUGCCACGGCCAUGGGGUCUGCAACAGCAACAAGAACUGUCACUGUGAUGCUGGCUGGGCUCCCCCCUACUGUGAGAAGCCAGGCUUGGGUGGCAGCGUGGACAGUGGCCCCGUGCAGCGUGACAAUCACGAGGCCAUCGUGGUGACCCUGCUGCUCAUCUUCCUCCUCUUCCUCCCGGCCCUGAUGAUGGGCACCUACUACUGGUACCGUAGGGAGAACUCUCUGCUCAAUAAAUGGAUAAAGGAGAUGAGGAGGAGAAGCCAGGAGACCUAUAGGAACAAAACCAUCAGUCGGAAGUCACCUGGUGGCCAUCCCAAAGCUGCUUUCACCUUGAGGAACAUCUCCACCUCCAGCCACACGAAUAAAGCAGCACGGGCUGGGUUCCCCACCAAACCCAGCACCCACCAUCCUGGCUCCCAGCCUGUCAACAUUGUCCACCCUCUUCGCCCUGCUCCCCACUCCAUCCCUCCACGUCCCAGAGACCCAAAACCUGCCAGGCCACCUCCUCCUCUCAGCAAAUCACCCAUGGUGCCCACCAAAACCAUCGUCUCUCAGGCCAAGCUGCCUCCUCCAAAGAAACCUCUUCCCUGCAGCCCCGUGAGGACCCCACUGGUUGUCCCAAAGCAUCAACCUCCUCGUCGGCCACUGCCUGGAAGUCCUCUCCUGGCCAAGCAGUUGCCUCCUGCACAUGGACAGACCCUGCUGGUCAUGGUCCCUCCUACCAACUUCAAGGCAUCGAGCAGAAGUGCCAUGAGCCACCCCACAAGGCCCUUAAAACCGAUGCCACCUCAAAGGCCUGUCCCAGCCAUCAAAGUCCAAUCAACCUCCUUCCCUUUGAAGAAGUGACAGACCAAGGACACCCUAAUCCAUCCUUCCUGAGCUGGCUCUCCUGAUUUGCACUGCUGCUGGCCACAGGGGACUUGUAUUCCUCUCUUGUUUGAUGUCUCUUUUGAUACCAGAGGACUAUUUUUAUAAGACAAGAAUUAUGUAUUCAGCACAAAAGAAAAAAACCCAAACAACCAAUACUGUAGUGGGAGUGGGGAGGAGAGGGGAAACUGGUACCAUGACAUGGUGGUGGGGUUACCAUGAUGGGGCCUCCUGGCAUCACUUCCUGGCCAAUUUAUCUCCCAGCUUUAGGUUUUUCUUGACAUUGCACAUGGGCUGGGUUGACUUGGGUUCAUCCAACACUGAUGGAAGCUGCUGCUGCUGACAGUGGCAGCCAAAGCCAUGUAAUAUCCUUCUAGCUACCUCCUCCUUCUCCUCCAGGCUUGGUGACAAUCCCCACCACCACCACCACUCACUGCCACCUGUGCUCAGUGUCUCCAGGGAGACAUUUGCCCUCACAGAAAACUGGUUUCCAGUUUGGACUCUGCCACCUGGUACUGGGAUGUUUUUCCACGAAGGAUCCAAGUUCUCAGGUUCCUCCUGCCUGAUUGCACAAAGAAACCCCCAAAUCGGUGACAAUCCUGGGGCCAGACCUGGAAGGAGGAGAAGCUGCCUGGGGAAUGGUUGAAGAUCUGCAGUACUGGUGGGAACUGGUUACCAGGGUGCUUUCCUGGGGCUCAGGAGCCCUCCCUACCCCUGGCUUGUUCCCUGCUCCUGGGACAAGCCCAGCAGUGGCUCUGUGAGCUGCCACCACUGCUGCCCAAAGAGGGAAGGAGCCACAAGCCAGGCACAGGACCUCCUGCCUGUGGCAUUGGCUUGCCCAAAGACCUUGGCCAGAGGCCAAAGGCGUUGCAUUUCUCUGUGCCUCAGUUUCCCCCAACCCCCAUCUGAAAAAAAAAAAAAAAAAAAAGAGGGGGGGGAAGGGGGAGCUUAUACCUACCUCACAGGGGUGUUGUGAGGUUUUACAAAGUGAUGUUUUGAAAGGGCUUUUACAAUCCUCAGCUGAAUGGUGCUGUUGACCUGCACAGUACUACACUUUCCUGUGACUUGACACGUGGCUCUGUCAGGGUCUGA